AUGGAAGCGCCAGCCAAUGCGGCCGCCGUAGCGUGCGUGCAUGGCUUGCAUCCAUGCGUCGCAAACAACAAGAAUAUAGCAGCAAAUGCUUCCAGUAGACCCAUCAUCUUGACAACCAAGGCCGAGGUCCAUGCGCGCACAGCCGCUGCCCGAGUCGGAUUUGUCCCUACCAUGGGUGCUCUGCACGAGGGGCACCUGGACUUGGUGCGGGCAGCACGGCGCGACCGAGACCAAGGACGCAUCGAUGCCAUUGGCGUGUCGAUUUUUGUCAACCCGGCCCAGUUUGCGGCAAAUGAAGACUUGGACCGCUACCCACAAAGCCUUGAUGCGGACGUUGAGUUGCUGGCCGCCGAGGGUGUCGACUUUGUAUUUGCUCCGUCAGCUCGGGAAAUGUAUCCCCACGGCUUACCCCUCAACACCAAGUUGCACAUUUCUGAUGCCACCACCAAGCCCGAGGGAGCCUCGCGCCCUCACUUUUUUGACGGUGUAGCGUUGGUGUGCAAUAAGCUCUUCAACAUUGUGCAGCCCACAAUCGUAUACUUUGGGGAGAAAGACGCCCAGCAAUGUGCCACCAUCCAGGGCAUGGUUGAGGAUUUGGACAUUGGUUACCGCGGCCAAUUCCUCGAGGUUUGCACCGUCCCUACUCGGCGCGAGGCCGACGGGCUGGCCAUGAGCAGCCGAAAUCGCAAUCUGACCACCAAGGCACGGCAGCAAGCAGUUGUCAUUCCUCAGGCGCUCACGGCGGGGCUCACCCGUCUAACAGCCGCGCAUCGGGGAGAGUUGCCUCCCAUCACCGUUGCUGAACUUGAGGCUACCAUCUUGCAGUCUUUGGCCCACGAGCCAGCUUUAACAGUUCAUUACGUGGCUGUUACCGACGCACGGCUACGCCCAUUUCCCCCGACUGCCAUUUUGGACACCAAUGUGGCGUACUCAGAUCCCAUUAUCAUAUCGUGUGCGGGCACGAUAGGCAAUGUUCGUCUGAUUGACAAUAUGCGUUUCACGGGUGGCCAUCCCGGGGCGUAA